AUGGAAUCAAAGGCCAAGAUGAAAGGUUCAGCUGUAGACGAGGUUCUUGAAACCCUAGGAGACUUCACGAUCAAAGAGAACUGGGACAAGUUCUUCACUCUCCACACCGAUUCCUUCGAGUGGUACGCAGAGUGGCCCCACCUCCAAGACCCUCUGCUCUCCCUCCUCAGCACCCUCGCCCAUCCUCUCCCCCUCCCCCUCCUCAUCCCCGCCUGCGGCAACUCCCAACUCUCCGAGCACCUCUACGACGCUGGCCACACCUCCAUCAUCAAUGUCGACUUUUCCAAGGUCGUCAUCUCCGACAUGCUCCGCCGCAACGUCCGAGACCGCCCGCUCAUGCGCUGGCGCGUCAUGGAUAUCACCGCCAUGCAGUUUAAGGACGAGAGCUUCAUUGCCGUUAUUGAUAAAGGUGGAUUAGAUGCUUUGAUGGAGCCCAAGGUUGGCCCCAAAUUGGGGAACCAGUACCUAUCUGAGGUGAAGAGAGUUUUAAAGCCUGGGGGCAAGUUUGUGUGCCUCACCUUGGCUGAAUCUCAUGUACUAAAUCUACUUUUCUCAAAGUUCCGACUUGGGUGGAAAAUGAGUGUUGAUGCCAUACCUUUAAAGUCUUCUAGUAAACCUAGCCUUCAAACGUUUAUGGUCGUUGUGGAGAAGGAGCUGUCUACAUUAGUGCACCAGAUUACAUCAUUGCUCCUUAAUUCUUCGCUUGAUUGUAAUUCAAAACAGGUUUCUGGACUCAAUGAAGCUCUUCGAAAAGAGAAUCAAAUUCGUGAGAAGUACUCUGGUGACUCUGAGAUAUUAUAUUCUGUGGAAGAUAUGCAAGAGGAGCUGCUCAAGCUUUCUCAAGGUCGGCGAUUGCAGCUAACUUUGGGUGGGGAAGGGAAAUCUACUUUUUCUUAUAGAGCUGUAAUUCUUGAUGCUGAGGAACAGGCUGACCCUUUUACAUAUCACUGUGGGGUUUUCAUUGUGCCUAAGGCUCGGGCGCGGGAAUGGCUUUUCUAUUCUGAAGAAGGACAGUGGAUGGUUGUCAAAAGCUCCAAAGCAGCUCGCCUCAUAAUGGUUUUUUUGGAUGCCAGCCAUUCGGAUACCAGCAUGGAGAAUAUUCAGAAGGAUCUGUCUCCGUUGGUUGCACCAUUGGCACCAGCAGAAAAUGACGAUGGAGCUCAAAUACCGUCUGUCUUUUUCAUGAUGGCAAGUGAGGGGCUCAAGGAAAGAUACAUCAUUCACAAGGUCACAUCUCCGUUAACUGGAUCAAUUAUUGUUGAAGAUGUCAUUCAUGAAAAUGUUGAUAGUGAAGUCAGUUGCAUUUUUCCUACUAGAGAGUUGGUCUUUCGACGCCUUAUAUUUGAGAGGGCUGCAAAUUUGGUGCAGUCUGAAGCUCUUCUAAAAGAUGAACAGCUGUCUACCAAAUUGGUUAGUGAGACAGGGAGGAGGAAAAAUGCAUCUCCCAAAUCUAGAAAAAGUGCAUCUCAGAGACACAGUGUUGGAGCAAGUAGGCAGUUGACAGUCGAUCAUGGCUAUGUAGCCAGUUCUUAUCAUACAGGAAUUAUAUCUGGAUUCACUUUAAUAUCUUCUUUCAUGGAAAAUAUGGCAUCGAGUGGGAAAAUGGCAAGUAAAAGCAAAAUUGAGAUCGUGGAGUUAGACCCUGUGAUUGUUGAUAUUGCAAAGGAAUACUUCAGUUUUGUUGAGGAUAAACGCUUGAAGGUGCAUGUAGCUGAUGGGAUCGAGUUUGUCCAAGAGAUUGAAAGUUCUGCAGUAGCUCAGAUUCAUGGAAAGUGUAUUGACCCUACUCACCAUACAGAAUCUCCUUCGAAUGAAAGUUCAACUGUCUGUCAUGAUGGUGAAGAAGUGCCAAAAGUUGAUAUUAUUAUUGUUGAUGUUGACUCUUCAGACCAAAGCUCUGGAUUGACAUGCCCUGCUCCAGAUUUUUUGGAUGAUUCUUUUCUUGAGACUGUAAAAGAUAAGCUUUCGGACAAUGGUCUCUUUGUAGUCAAUUUGGUGUCAAGGUCCCGAGCCAUUAAGGAUAUGGCUCUAUCAAAAAUGAAAAAGGUUUUCAGCCACGUCUACUGCCUCCAGCUUGAUGACGACGUAAAUGACGUUCAUUUUGCCCUCAAAUCUGAGUCCUGCAUCGAGGAUAACUCUUUCCAUGAAGCUUCUGUUAGACUUGAAAAAUUGUUGGAGUUUAAACACGCGGAGAUAGGUCAAAACAUUAUGAAUGCGACAAGCAAGAUCAGACGUUUGAAGUAA